AUGGAUAACGGAUACGAACCCGUUUCAUCUGACUACAUUGACGGCGGGCUGGAACAAUGGGGGUCGGAUAUUGAAGAGGUUGAGCAACACCCUGGGCAGACAGGGGAUAACGGGAUUGGACGUUUGGUGGAGGACAGAAACGAUGAACAUCCCACGUUGUCGCUGUCAACCGACCUCAACAGCUGGAAGAUGAGAGAGUCUCACGCUCGCAAGGAGUUGGAUAACGCAGUACAUGCCUAUGAAAGCGCACGACAUGAAAUGCUUACACGUCCUGCACCCUCGUCACCAAUUUCCCCAACAGAGACUUGUCACCAUUGA